UUGACGAUCAGUCACGAACGUCUAUCAUUACGCAGCUGAUUUUAAUUCGAUCGUGUUUUCCAACAGUAUGAAGACAGCUCCCACAGUUCGAAUACAUAAAAUCCGAAUUGUAAUAGAAAUCUUGUGAUUGCAUCAACAUUGUACGUCAAACGGUACACCCAAGAUACUUUGGAAGUCGGAAAUUUAGAAAAUUCUGWAUAGAUUGAUACUAAAAGAGAAACUCAAGAGCUAUAUUAAAGGGAGAUGCAAAGCAUUCUUCAAAUUUUAAGUGAGGACAGACAAUCUUUUAGGUGGUUCAUGAGUGGUGUACUAAAAAUGAAUUUGGGAGUCUAGUAAAAAAGUUUUGGCCACCACUAAUUUGUAUAAUAGACAAGAUAGUAAAGACUGCGAUACUUAAUGAUAACGUCUUGAUAAAUAUUUAUUUUGAAUAUUAUACAGCUUUGCAGGCUGGAACGUAAACCAUCAAUGAUACCGUAUUGGGAAAUUGUUAUUUUCACGCUCAUUGAAACAGAUAAAUAAUUAUUAUUGCAAAGACGACGGAAGUWCGUCUGGUAGCGCCGUUGCGUCUUCAGUAUAAUCGUUGCUACAAUCUAUACGCGGUCGGACGCGCUGCGCGUGCAUUCSGGAAGGGGUAACACCCAAAGAAGAAGACACGCAUUACUGUUUCUCUUAUAUCUUAUAGUAGCGGUGAACACAUGGUUCAGUGACAAUAUGUCCAGGAAAAUGGGAGCUUCGACUCCCUCAUACUACCCGUCCGAAGCCGAUUUCGUAGUCAAGACGCCCCAGAAACCAGUUGAUGCCUGUAAACUUCGUCACCAUUCCGAUCAAAUUCAAUACAUCAGCCUGAUCGGAUUGAUGCAAGUAGUUACCGGAUGUCUGAUGGUCGUUUUUGGCGUGCUAUCGAUGUUACACGAGGCAUCCUUGUCCAGUGUAGGCGCCGGCCUUUGGAGCGGUGCGAUGGCCAUGGGCAACGGAGUAGUUGGACUGAUGGCCAGUUUAAACGGAUGUCUUUCUCCCGAUAGGACACUGUCUCCACUGUCUAUUACAAUAUAUCUAGCUCUUUGUUUAGUGUCCGUGGGUGUCAGUAAUCUGGCCAUCAUACUUACAGCUAUUGGACUAUUGAAGGACUCUCAGAAGCCAUAUUACAUCAUUCCAAAAGACAAGACGCAUUACAAAACUUUAACAGCGGAUCAGUUACAGACAAAUUGGGCCCCCGUGCUGGCGAAUUUAGGGUUACUACUGGCUACGUCCGUACAAUGUCUGACCACAAUGUUGGCCGCAUUCCGUUUCUACCGAAUCGUUAGRUUGGUUGUAGCCGGCGAACAACAAACAUCRUGGUCGAAUUCAAGACAUAGGAGUUCAUCGUGUUGCAGUUCAAGCGUCGGAAGCAAACAGAAACUUGUACAAAAGUGGUUGGUGCAACAAGCUCCAUCUCAGAUGGAUCGACCUCGUCAACAGGCCAACUAUCCCGUGCAGGUCUACGACAAUAAAAUGGGUGUUUACGACGAAACGAGAACCUUACCCAAGUGGAAAAGUCAUAGAACAGCACCAAAACUGAAACCGGAAAGACCGGAGAGAAGAGAGAGGAGACCGUCAAAUGAUGAUGCAGUGGACGUUCACAGGGCAUACACGGGCAUGGACAGAGAGAUUGUUGAAGAGUUCAUUUCCGUCACUAUGGACCCAAAACACUAUAGCUGAUAUCGUAUAUUUAAUAUAACUGAUAAGUGUAGAUACGAGGGUUGAAUAUUUUACUAUGGUGCAUUUGAUGAGGCCACGUGUCACAUGCUCACAUCCUAAGUGAAACGCUACUGCAAUAUUUCCACUAACCACCUCUGUAUAAUGUUCAUUUUAAAAACAAUAGAUGUUCAAAAUACUAAACGAAAAUAUCUCGCUAUGACAAAUUUAUGUAUAAAACAUAGGUGGUUCUAUAUAAUAUAUUAUAUAAUAUAGGUACUUAUUACUUACAAUCUACAAAAUAUCAACAUGGCCCAUUUUAUGUGAAAUAUAAACAUGACUUUUUAUUAUUUUAUUUUAUUUUACAUACAUAACGGGUGGAUAUCCAAGGUUAGUAGUUUAAAAAAAGACGAUAAAAUACAUACAUUUCAAAAAGAGAUUCAUUUAAGAUUAUACAUAUGAAAAGUAUUAUUGUAUUAGAAAAGUAAGGUCCUCGUAAGCUAGAAGUGUCAUUUGAUGGAUGGAGUGAUUAUAACUAUAGUUAGCAAAGUAAUGUAUAGAGGGAUGUGGAAGAGAAUAAAAAUCUGGAAGAUCUAACUAAAAUACCUACCUACUUUAACUUGGCUUAUAUUUUGUAUAAUGAAACCAUGAAAGUUAGUAAAAGCAUAGUAACAUAACCUUCUUUUUUUUUCCUGUUCAAAAACCAAGAACGAGUGGGAACUGUUUAUCACAAUACUGCCACCCUGCAAUAUAACCUCUCUAUACAAAUUAUACAGUUUCAAAUAAUUAAAAUAUUUGUGAAC